CGACAAUUCAACUUAAUAGGCUAGGCCACGCCCAAUCACGUAACCGCCUAUUACGGCUGUGUAACGACGCAGGCUUUUAACUCCACGACGUCGGCCGAUCGCUGCGCGUCUCGCUUCGCUGUAGCGCUGCGUCUCUCUCUAAUUUCCCGAGUCGAACGUAUACGGGGUGUCUAGGCUCGAGUGUGAUAGAGUCGCGUUUGGCGCGCGUGCCUGAUUUCAGUUGCACGUCCGAAGUCGGAAGAGGGGGACGCAUGCAACUGUUUUCGAUAAUCGGCCGCGCGUUCCGUACGUGAAAAGCGGACAGUAUCCCGCCAGUCACGUCCGCGUAAAAACGGAUAUAUGCCCAGAAUAUUUAUUAAGUGGGUGGUUGUGCGUGACUUUUCCCCUGUGAAUAGCUAGCCCAGUAAACGAUCGCCCACGAAAAUAGAACGGGCGUUUGUUUGAUAACUGAAAACGUCGCCGUCUGAAACACGAGUGAAGUCUGUGACCUGUGAACUGCCCAUUACAAACAGUGAGAUCGGACUCUAUGGACAUAAUGGGACAAGAGGAAAACUCUUCGUUCUUGUAGUGAAAACAAAAUUUCAAAAGAAACAAAAGUGAAUCUAGUGACUGUUUUUGAAAAUGGAAGGUUUUUGAUGUCCGACCAGACUGUUUUGAUACUUGAACAAAAAAUGGACAACCCAAGUGGAAAUUUAAACUAACUGACGUGAGUGGAUAGUGACUAUGUUGCCGUAUCAGGCGGUAGCUAUGGACUACGCGGUGGCUUCCGCAGGUUUCCACCACCAUCAGAGGCCAGGAGGCCUGCCCGGCGUGAUGGGCCUCCCAGGGCCCGGGGCCGGCCUCAAUCCUGGCCUUAACCCGGCCUUCACUCAUUCCUGGUUCGUACAGACAAGCCCGGAUAUCUGUCGGCAGCAACAAGCAUCCAACCAAUCGCAUCUCGAACCUGGCAUUCUAGAGCUACGGAAAGAGAAGAGCAGAGACGCGGCUCGCUCGAGAAGAGGGAAAGAGAACUACGAAUUCUACGAGUUGGCGAAGAUGUUGCCGCUGCCAGCCGCCAUCACGUCGCAGCUGGACAAGGCCUCCAUCAUCAGACUGACCAUCAGCUACCUCAAACUAAGAGACUUCUCGGGGCAUGGCGACCCGCCAUGGAGUCGGGACCUGCCGCCUACUAGCAAAGCUUUGAAAGGUGCGCAAAGUAGAAGAACAGCUGCGGGUUUGGCUAUGGAGCUGUUUGAGCAACACCAAGGAACGCACAUACUUCAGUCUCUCGACGGGUUUGCCUUGUCAGUGGCAGCCGACGGAAGAUUCCUGUACAUAUCAGAAACUGUAUCUAUAUAUUUAGGAUUAUCACAAGUAGAAAUGACGGGCAGUAGUAUAUUCGACUACGUGCACCAAGCAGACCACGCGGAGAUAGCCGAGCAACUCGGGUUGUCGCUAGCAGGCAGGUCGGGCGGAGCUGGUCUAAACAGUCCAGCUUCUGGCAGUGAGGAGGGAAGCCAGCACGGCACAAAUAAUCCUGACGUAUCGGCGCAAAUGAGCUUAGCAGCAAGUGGAACGCUGUACAGAGGGAUGGACCGAGCCUUCUGCAUCAGAAUGAAAAGUACACUCACAAAACGUGGAUGCCAUUUCAAAUCAUCUGGAUACCGGGUGGUGCUGAUGCUGUGUCGUCUGCGGCCUCAGUACUCCUUCUCGCAUAGCCGGAAAUCUCCAACAGUCCUCUUGGGAAUGGUGGCAUUGGCGAUAGCAUUACCACCUCCCUCCGUGCAUGAAAUAAGACUGGAAUCCGAUAUGUUCGUCACAAGAAUCAACUUCGACUUCCGAAUAGCACACUGCGAACCCAGCAGGGUGUCAGAACUACUAGGAUAUACAGCGGAGGAAUUAACGGGAAAGAACCUAUACGCGUUAUGUCAUGGAGAGGAUGCAAACAAACUAAGAAAAUGUCACGUAGAUUUAAUGAAUAAAGGCCAAGUGCUGACGCACUACUACAGGAUAAUGAAUAAACUGGGCGGAUACACAUGGAUGCAGACUUGUGCGACUGUCGUGUGUUCCUCAAAAAAUGCUGAAGAGCAAAAUAUCAUCUGUGUCAACUACGUCAUCAGUGGUCGGGAGUAUCCGAACACGGUGAUGGAUUGCUGUCAGCUCGAAGAGAGUGUGCAAGGUGUUAAGCGAGAAGAGAGCACAGGCGAUCCAGAGAAUGGUCCUCCCGAUACCGACAAUUCGGGAGGACCGCCUCCGACACAAAGACAUCCACAAGAAAGAACAGAACCCCCUACAAAUCAAGAAGCUGCGUCUACAGCGCCCGUGCCUACAUCUGACGUCACUCAUCUGACCAGACUAAACGACGCCCAGCCAUUACCCCUUCCCACUAAUCCAGAGCGGACUUCCCCAAUGCCUGCGAGAAGACUGAAGAAACGAAAACAUACGACCGACGAAGACGACGAGAGAGACGAAGAAAGGCGGAAGUCCUCGUCGAACCCUGGCGCGGCAAUAUCGCCCGUCGAACGAGAAAUGACCAAAACCAACCUGUCCAUACCCGAGGGCACGACUGAUGCGACUUCAGUGAGAGAUUUGGAAAAUGCGAUGUCGAAACAUUUGCCUUCCGUUUCUCUGGACGGCAAAGAAAUCUCACAUAGACCGACUGAUUUCUCCACGGAUGCUUUGCUAAAACAGCAGCAGCAAAAGUCAACAAUACAGUGGAUAGGCACUCAAAACCAUCACCUGAACCACUUGAACAGACAAAUCCCUGGAAACCAUACGACUACUCCCGCAUCGGCGUUAUUGAGACAACUUUAUGCUAACAGAGAGAGUGUCAUUCGUAGCAACUUCUUAGGAGAUGGAAGAACGGGUGGAUAUUACUCGAGCGAUGGCCAAAAUGGGCCGUUGCCCACUCCCCCAGGAAGCGAAGGCUCCAGUUACGGUGAACAAUUAGGUCAUAAAGGCAAUGACAUAAGUUCAUUAGCUUACGGCGGCUACGCUGACUAUCAUUCCGCUAUGACGCCUCCAGGGUCUGUUUCGCCUAGGGAUAAGCAGCAGUACGCUCUGUCGUACGACAAUAGCGCGUAUUCCGAAGCGUUAAGGCACUCGUAUUUGGGUGAAGCGCCGUUGCCUUUGAAGCCGCAGGCGUAUUCGGCCGUUCCCGGCGCUUUAGACUAUGCGUCGCCUUUAGACCAAUCCCAGUUCUUCCAUCCGCCGUCUUCGUUCCAUCUCUACCAUCCGCAAGCUCACGCUGCGCACGCGACGCAUUCUCACCAAUCUGUAGAUAAGUCAGCACCGCCGAAUACAAAUUGGUACUCGGCCGGGUCAUAGCCAUAUAUGAGAUGAUUUUGAGGUUUAAACGUUUUAGCAUAUUAGGGCCUAAACUUAUAUGUGAGGCCCCGGAUGUGUUUCCGACUUGAUUCUCAUUGAAUUAUAUUUUUUAUUUGUUGUUAAGUUUAGCAUUUUUGUUAUCGUUGAACAGUUUCUUUUACGUGGUUUUUGACCAAGGGUUUGUUCCCUUAUGAUAGUGAAUUGUAAAUAACAUUUAAUUCAAAACAGAACGUUUCGAAAUUCGUAUACGGACAAAAAGACUUCUUAACUACUAUUAAAAUACUCAAAGAUGACAAGUUUUCGAAAUAUGACUGCUUUGUGAAGUCUGUGUAAAAUAUACUGUAUUAUUUAAAUAUACAUAAUAAUGUGCCAAAUUUGGUGCUUACGGCUAUAUUUUAUUGCAUUUAGCUUACAUUCCCAUUUUAAUGUUAUAUUACAAUGUUUUUUAUAUUUUACGUAGACACUGAACUUUCCCAAACAAUAUUGUAGCAGAAUAAAAUAGUCACAUUAAAACGGAAUAGCUCUAUCCGAAAAUAAAUCUUUUAUGAAAGAUUUUAUCAGAAGAGGGCGCUUAGACGCUUAAAUUAAUAUACAUAAGGUACACACGCAUAAUUACUUUCCAAAAAAUAUACCAUACUUAGACUUUGAUUAGAUUCAAAAGACUAAUUCUGAGUGACAAAAGGUAACUAAAAUAAAACCUUUUGAUUUCUGUUAUUCGAUGUAAUAGGUGCCACGGGGUUGUAUAUACGAACUAUAAUAAGUCUAAAAAUUGUGGCAAUUACAACUUUAUGCGAUAAUUGUCUGAAUUCAAUCGCGUCAAUUGAAGAAAAUUUUAAAGAUUGUCGGGAUAAGGUGCAUACAAUAAUCGACUUAAAAAUAAAUAUCUAACUUCUAUGAUCAUAAAAAGAUAGAAACAAUAAGACAUAGGUAUUAUAAUGGUGUCGAUUCUUGCAUGAUUAUCUAAACUUAAAACUAAAUUUAAAAUCAGUCUCUCCUUUUCAUUCUGUAU